CCUGAUCGAAACAAGCACUCGGUGGGAUCAGUGGUGCAAUCUGAAUCAGAUUCGGAAUUUUCGAAUGGAAUGGGGCGCAUUUGUGGUUGGUUUGUGCAGGAGCAAAAGCAAAAGCAAGUAAACGUAUCAUAAACCCGCGUCCCAUUCUUAAUCCUCCUAGGUCGGAGUCUUAGUCUGACACAACACAAACAGAUCGACCGUACGGCAUCAUUUACAGCCAAACCCUAAUUCAAUUUCACUGAAGCCUUCAUACCAUAUUCCAGAUAUGUGGACAAAUGUUUUCAAAAUCGGAAGUCUGCAUCAGAUAUCUUGGUUUCAGUUUCUUCCUCAUGAACCUGACCUGAACCCUCUACCUGACAAAAGUGUAAAAGUGGACCAAAAGGAUGCCGCAAUGUUACUGGUGCUUUCAUCACAUCUGCAACUUCAGAAGGAGGGGUUUCUCAGCACAUGGACCAAUUCCUUUGUUGGACCUUGGGAUCCAUCCCAGGGAUUGCAUAAUCCAGACGAAAAGAUUAAGCUGUGGCUUUUUCUUCCGGGCCGUCAUUCAUCAGUUGUUGAGACUGCUCAGACAGCAGUAUCUGGAUUAAGAGUUGUUGCUUCUGGGCUUUGGUUGGCUCCUGGGGAUUCAGAAGAGGUUGCAGCUGCUCUCUCUCAGGCUUUAAGGAAUUGUGUAGAAAGAGCUUUGUUUGGGCUUUAUUACAUGAGAUUUGGAGAUGUAUUUUCAAAGUUUCAUCAAUUUCAAAGAGAAGAACUUUUCAGAAGAGGACAGCCUGCAGUUGAGUUUGUCUUUGCUGCAACUGAGGAGGCAAUCUUCAUACAUGUCAUAGUAUCCUCAAAGCAUAUCCGAAUGCUUUCCACAGCUGAUCUGGAAAAAGUAUUACAACAUUCUAUGGAGUUUACAUAUAGACUUCCAGUGAUUGUUUCUCCACAUGGAAUUUGUGGCAGCUUGACUGGUUGUUCUCCUAGUGAUCUUGUCAAGCAAAGCUACUUCAGCAGUUCUACCAAAUUUAGGGUGUCCAAUGGAAUUAUAGGUCUCCCAUAUCAUGUUUCCCAGGGUGUUGGUUGCCAGCUGAGGGGGCAGAAUUGUUAUGUUGAAGUAAGUCUUGGCUUCCCUAGAUCUGGAACUGACAACACGUUGCAGCCAAACAAAAAUAGUGUUAGGAAUUUACCCAAACUUCAUGUUGCCGAAUCUCCUAUUGUGGGACGAAGUGAUCACAAGGGAUCACCAGAUCAUUUGUUGGAUUAUGAUAAAACAUUUCUCUAUCCAGCUGAGGCAGUGCUUGUGCCAGUUUUACAAACAUCAUUAGCAAGGUCUUCCUUGAGAAGAUUUUGGCUGCAGAAUUGGAUGGGACCAUCCCUGCCUGGUUCCUCUUCCUUUAUUCACUGUGCUGGUAAUGUGGAUUGUACUGAAGAUCCUUGGACCGAAAUCAAUGGAACCCGCACACAAAAUAGUUAUGAUAGUAGUAGCAAUAGCAAUAGUAGCAGUAUUAGUAGCUUAAGUGCCAGCUCUAGUGAUAGUGAUUACAAGACUACAAGACCAAGUGAACUAGAGGCAGAUGCUGAUUCUUUGACGUGUAGACAGUCUAUGGUAUCUUCUGCUGAUCAGUUGGACAGUGAUGGCCCCAAAUUGGGCUCUAAGCGGUCUCGAACAGGGGUGACAGAGUCAUUAAGUACAGCUACAAACAUUCCUGUGCAAGAUGCUUACAUGUCUGAUUUUGGUUCCAUGGAAGUGAACAAUUCAGCCAUUACAGGAGUAGGAAAUGAUCCAAUUGGGUCUUACUGGGACUGGGAUGAUGAUGAUAGAGGCAUGGAAAUGGAUAUUCAAGCCCUUCUAUCAGAGUUUGGUGAUUUUGGUGACUUCUUUGAAAAUGAUGUUUUGCCUUUUGGAGAGCCCCCAGGAACUGCAGAAUCUCAGGCACUUAUGCUUUCUGCCCCGGAUUGUGGAGAUGUCAACAGCAGUCCAGGUGGUGUGAUAGAUGUUCCAGGUCAAAUACUUUUGCCUGUUGGGUUUCCUUCCUUUGAGAGCUUUAACCCCCCUCCUUCAACAUCCAUAGAGGAAUGUCUUAACAAAAGUCAAGAUAACUUGAAUAACUCCAUGUCUUUGUGUCCAACCAAUCAAACUCAACUGUUGUAUACGAGGGAGUUUGAUCAUAUUAUGAAAGCUGAAGCAAUGAUGACAUUUGCUCCUGAAUUUGGAGCUGUUGAUACCCCUACUUGUGAGUUGUCCACAACAUUAUUCAGAAGCCCAUAUUUUCCAAAAUCUCGAAAAGCAAAGAGUUCAAAUUCAAGUUCAAACAAUUAUUUAUAUGGUGCAGCACCACCCACUUCUCCUUGCACUGAAGGAUCAGAGGGGAAGAAUGGAAUGUCUGCCAACACAAAAACAGGUUCUGGAAAAUAUGAUGCUAGUACUACGAGUCUCCACUCGAAAUAUUACUAUACUUUUGUGGAAAGUAGGAAAGAAAAAAAUGAUAAAAAUCCUGCCACAUGUAAUGAUAACAGCAUAACUAAAUCUGAGGGGAUACCACCACUCUCAAACAUUGGUUCUAAUGCUAUUGUCAAAUCUGCCAUAAGGAAGACAACUGAAGGCACACAUGAAGCAGAGCAUUUCCUUCUAUCUGCAAAAACUUUAUUAGCAACUGAUAUCACAUGUGUUACGUUGCAAGCUUCCAUGUGCAGGUUACGCCAUAUUCUCUUAUCUUCAGGUAACCUAAUGCCUGUUGGUUUGAGUAGGUCAACUGGGGUUUCAUUUUUGAAUCAGCUUCCUAGUGAUCCAAGUAUGACAACAGACAACAUAUCUGGCAAGUAUGAUGUGAAGAAGAAAGAAAAUAUACCAAUUAGAAUUGCAGGUGAUAUUGAUGGUGGAAUGCUUGAUGGCCACCUUAAUGCCCCUGUUGGUGUUUGGCGCACAUUAGGAGCUUCAAAAGUUGUAAAACCUUCAAAUUCACCUAACAUGGAAGUUGUUCCUUCCUUUCCUCAUAAUUCUUUCAAUGAAGAGGGUAUCCUUUCUUAUGGUCUAAGGAAACCACUUCAGGAGCUUCUUGAUGGGAUAGCAUUACUCGUCCAACAAGCUAUUUCCUUUGUUGAUCUGGCCUUGGAUGCGGAUUGUGGUGAUGGUCCUUAUGGUUUGCUUGCAAUGCAAGAACAGUGGAGGCGUGGAUUUUGUUGUGGGCCUUCCAUGGUCCAUGCUGGCUGUGGGGGAAGUCUUGCCUCUUCUCAUUCAUUGGACAUUGCUGGCUUGGAGUUAGUGGAUCCACUUUCUGCUGAUGUUGAUGCAUCCACUGUCAUUAGUUUGCUGCAGUCUGACAUAAAAACGGCUUUGAAAUCUGCUUUUUCCAAUUUGGAAGGGCCAUUAUCUGUAACUGAUUGGUGCAAAGGACGCAAUCAAUUGGUUGAUACUGGAAGCAUAGUUGAUGGAGUUUCUGCUGAAUCCAGCAUUAAUGAAUGUAGGGAUUCUUCAGAACCAAUGAGUCCAUCCCAAUCAUCUGUUGGUGGAUCUUCCAGUAUUAAGGUUUCCAACUUGAUGGAUAAGGUGGAUGAGACUUCUCAAAGGAGAUCUGGCCAGGAUUUAUGCAGUACAGAGUUAGAGCAGCUAUCAUGUUCCCGGCUAAAACCUACUCUCAUUGCUCUUCCAUUUCCUUCUAUACUUGUAGGGUAUCAGGAUGAUUGGCUCAAGACAUCAGCAAACUCUUUGCAGCACUGGGAGAAGGCUCCUCUAGAGCCCUAUGCUCUACAGAAACCUAUUACCUAUCAUGUUGUAUGUCCCGACAUUGAUCCCCUUACUUCUGCUGCUGCUGAUUUUUUUCAACAACUAGGAACAGUGUAUGAGACAUGCAAGCUAGGUACUCAUUCACCUCAAGGCUUGGGGAAUCAGAUGGAGAUAGAGUCCGCAAAGUUGUCAUCUUGUGGUUUUGUUUUACUUGAUUGCCCCCAAUCAAUAAAGAUUGAGAGCAGCAAUGCAUCUCUUGUUGGUUCAGUAAGUGAUUAUUUUUUAUCUUUAUCUAAUGGUUGGGACCUGACUAGUUAUCUCAAGUCUCUUUCAAAGGCACUUAGAGGUUUGAAAAUUGGCUCUUGCUUUUCUACAAACCCCGGCGAAGGAAGUAACAGUUCAUGCUUGGUAAUCUAUGUGGUGUGCCCAUUUCCUGAUCCCACUGCAAUUUUGCAAACUGUAAUCGAAUCUUCUGUUGCCAUUGGAUCGGUUGCCCAACAGUCAGAUAGAGAGAGGAGAUCUAGCUUGCACAGCCAGGUUGUGAAGGCAUUAAGUGGCUUGACCACUGUCGAUGAAGCUUCAGCGUCUAAUAUCCUUGUGCUUUCUGGGUUUAGUAUUCCAAAAUUGGUCUUGCAGAUAGUUACAGUGGAUGCCAUUUUCAGAGUCACAAGCCCAUCUGUUAGUGAGCUUGUCAUUUUAAAAGAGACUGCCUUUACUGUAUACAGCAAGGCUCGUCGCAUUUCACGUGGAAUCUCUAGUGAUUUUGCUCAAUCUGCAUUUCCUAGAUCUCAUUCUGUUUUGACACAAAUGCCUUCUCUCAUCUCUGGGAUGUGGAAAGACUGUGUUGGUCCUCGAAUGGCAGGACAUUCUCUUCCAAGAGAGGGUGACAUUGAUGCUAGCUUGAGGCCUGGUACUUGGGAUAAUUCUUGGCAACCAACAAGGACUGGGGGGUUAAGCUGUGAUCCAAGUAGAACUGGAGAUAAUUUUCUUUAUGAUGAAAUUCGUUACAUGUUUGAACCCCUUUUUAUUCUCGCAGAACCAGGUUCUCUUGAAAAUGGUAUUUCAGUUAUUGGUAGUCCCACUUCAGAAUCUUCCAAGGCAUUGGCAGAUGACAGUAGUGGUAACUAUGCACAGAGUACAAGUACAGCUGGAAAUGCGGAGUCUGCUUCAAGCACUGAUGGAUCUGGGUCCGAUCCGGAGACUCCUCCAAGCCUACAUUGUUGCUAUGGAUGGACUGAAGACUGGCGUUGGCUCGUAUGCAUCUGGACAGACUCAAGGGGAGAAUUACUGGACUGCAAUAUUUUCCCCUUUGGUGGAAUAAGCAGCAGGCAGGAUACAAAGGGUCUGCAGUGCCUAUUUGUUCAAAUUCUUCAGCAAGGUUGUCUGAUACUUCAAUCUUGUGAUCCUGGCCUUGCAAAGCCUCGAGAUUUUGUGAUAGCACGCAUUGGAGGUUUUUAUGAGCUCGAGUACCUUGAGUGGCAGAAAGCCAUUUAUUCAGUUGGUGUAUCUGAGAUGAAGAGAUGGCCUCUGCAAUUGCGGAAAUCUAUGUCUGAUGGGAUGUCUGCAACUAGUAAUGGUUCUUCUUUGCAACAAUCAGAUAUGAGUUUGAUCCCCGAAAGAACUCUUCCUUCCUCACCUAGUCCUUUGUACAGCCCUCAUACUAAAUCCACUAGUUUUAUGAAAGGCAGUUUAGGGCAACCUACUGCAAGAAAGCAGCUUAUGGGUGGACAUUCUAUGGUUGACAAUUCUAGGGGUUUGCUUCAUUGGGCACAAAGCAUUAGUUUUGUUGCAGUUUCCAUGGACCAUACGUUACAACUAGUUCUGCCAGCAGAUUCAUCAACUCCUGGUUACAUAGAAGGUUUCACUCCAGUGAAGUCUCUUGGUUCUACGUCUUCUGCAUAUAUUCUAAUUCCUUCUCCUAGCAUGCGGUUCCUUCCUCCAACAGUUCUUCAACUCCCCACAUGCCUCACAGCAGAGUCACCACCACUAGCUCAUCUGCUUCACAGCAAGGGUUCUGCUCUUCCGCUCUCUACUGGAUUUGUGGUUUCAAAAGCAGUACCUUCCAUGAGGAAGGACUAUAGAAGCAACCAAAAAGAAGAAUGGCCCUCUAUACUGUCAGUGAGCCUCAUUGAUUAUUAUGGAGGUACUAACAUCCCCCAAGAGAAGAUUGUCCGAGGAAUUAACAAGCAAGGUGGUAGAAGUUUAAGCUGGGAAGCUAAAGAUUUUGAAAUUGAGACCCACUUGGUUCUGGAGUCUCUUGCAGCAGAGCUUCAUGCCUUGUCAUGGAUGACGGUAAGUCCCACGUACUUAGAGCGGCGAACAGCACUUCCUUUCCACUGUGACAUGGUUCUAAGACUAAGAAGACUUCUUCAUUUUGCUGAUAAAGAGCUCUCCAAGCAGUCAGAGAAAUCUUGACUAUGAUUUAUAUAUAUACAAUGGUUGCGACAAAACUCUUAUCAUUGAUUAGAGAGGAAAGACAGCCAAACUGAGCUGAGUAGACUGUAUCAUACUAGAUACACUGUGAUUACAUGUAAAUUAAAGGUAGAAGCUGAUGUGUUCCUGGAUGAAAUAGAUUUAGCAAUUGUUGGGAAUGUACAUGAGCUUUUCUAGAACAGCUGAUUUUAACACAGAUUAGCAUGAUUGAUAGAAACUGUUGAUUUUAGCAUAGAAUACCGUAUUUUCGCUCUUUGUAGCAUGUGGGUCUCCGAAAUUUCAUUUCCUUUGUAAUUAGAUAUUGUAAGACAAUAAUGUGCUAGUAACUAAUUUUAUGCUUAAUAUUGGUUUCCUAGCUAUAA